AUGAACCGCGUUCUCUUGUGAGUUUUUUUUACUUUUUUCCUUAUUUUUUAACUCUAUUAUUAUAAAUCUUGGUAUUUGUCAAUAUUUACGUGUAAGAGACUAGAUUUCUUUAAAUUUGCACUACACUUAAAGACAUUUACAUUUUUUAUUUUGAAACAUUUUGAUUAAGGUAUGAUUUUACAUAAGGGAUUAAUUUUAAUUUAUUCCAGCCUUGCCACUCUUCUUCUCGGUGUUCAAUCUCAACUAGUACCAGGCGCUGUAAGUUUUUUAUUGUGUACCGUAAUCUUUAGAAAUAAUCUUGUGUUAUGUAACUCAGGAAUUAUUGAAAUUUUAAUUUAAAAGAUGUUUUAUUUACUUAAAGAUUUUCUUCUUACUUUAACUUUUUUAGCUUGUUGGCCGAUACUUUGCCACAGCUCCUCUUCUAGCUCAUCCUCCAGCCGUUCCAGCUGCUAUUCCAGCCUUUGCACCCCCUCCACCACCACCUGCAUUGUUAGCUCCACCUGUUCCUGUGGCUAGAUCACUUUUGGCUCCACCACUUCCGGCCGCCGUUCCAGCUUUUGCUCCAGUUCCACCACCAGCUCCUGUACUUCCUGCACCAGUGCCGGCAUUUGCUCCAGCGUUGCCUGUACCACCACCUGCACCAGUUUUCGCUCCAGCUCCAGUGCCAGCGUUCGCUCCAGUUCCCCCACCAGCUCCAGUCCCAGCUUAUGCGCCUGCUCCGGUCUACGCUCCAGCUUUUGCUCCAGCGCUUCCGCCACCAGCUCCAGUGGUACCAGCUUUUGCUCCAGCUCCAGUUCCAGCGUUCGCUCCAGUCCCACCUCCCGCCCCAUUGUUUGCUCCUGCUCCAGCCCCUCUCCCAGCCUUUGCCCCGGCUGCCGUACCAGCUUUUGCACCAGUCGGACCAGCCCCAUAUUUAGCUGCUCCAACAUUGUUCCCCGCUGUCAGUCCAUUUACCAGGCUUGCCGUUUUACUAGGCUCGGCCAAGUCGAAACGCGAUGUUUCGGCCGCUCAAGUUCUGAAGUUGAAGGGCCAGUAA